AGGACUACACGUGAAAACGUCAUAGAAGGACUGGCUUCAGAGCUUCCCUAGUUUGGAUUGGCUUUUAAAGUCGCCGAGAUGGCGGUAGCUGUUGGUAACGGAACAAUGAACUGUGGGGCUGGGUUGGGUGGAUGGUAGGUGCUGCUCGCCUCCCUGGUGCCCUGAUGGCCUGGGACCUGAACCGUCUGCCCCGCAUCUCCCUGCACUCUACGAGCCUAGUCAGGGCUCCGGAAGUUGCCCUCGAGAUCAGCCGCAGGACGUUAUUGUUAUUGACUGCAAAUGUCUCCGUAUUUUUGCUCAAUGGAAUGUGGCUUGACAGAUUAAUUAUAUGUUAUCAGGCAGUUGAAGAUCAACUAAAGAUAUGUGGCUUCAAGAGGGAUGCUGAUGUCUUUGAGCUGUUCCUUUCUCAAAAGGAUCUGACAGAGGUCAUUGAUCUAUCUAGGUUUAAAAAAUUAAAAUACUUAUGGCUACAGCACAACAAGCUCCAGGGAAUAACAUUUUUAACUAGAAACUAUUGUCUGGUAGAGCUGUAUCUGAACAACAAUGCCAUAUUUGACAUAGGAGGCCUGCACUCUCUGCCUUCAUUGUACUUACUCCUGCUACACCACAAUGAGCUAACAAACAUUGACGCCACAGUGAGGGAAUUAAAGGGGAUGCCAAAUCUGAAGAUCCUAACUCUCCACCAAAACCCUUUGUGCCAAUAUAACCUGUACCGUCUAUAUAUAAUCUGCCACCUUCCGGAAGUAGAAUUUCUUGACCGAAAACAAGUUACAGAAGAUGAAAGAAGAGCAAUGAUUACCAUUUUUCACCAUGAAAGAACUCGUAUCAUUCAAUCAAUAGCAUUCAGAGGAAGAGUAGAUGCCUCAUGGAAUCCUAGAGCACCAUUUAAGCAAAAACCAGCCCAGAGAGUACCUCCAGGUCUUUCUUACUGCGUGGCUCUGAACAGAUGAGUCUUAAUGUAUGGAGGAGCACCAAGAACCCACCUCUCCUCAUUUGCUACCCCGAGAUGGAUGGGACAGCCUAGAGAAGGCAGAGAAGAACCAACAUUGCCGGAGGGCGGGGAGGAAGCCAUGGAUGGGACUGGUGUCCGGAUCAGCUUCUUACCCAACAGACAAAGGCCGAUAAAGGAUUUGACUGAAAUGUAGAAAAGCAUGACUGGUGUCGAUACGGUGAACAGAAAUGCGUUCAAAACAGGGAAGUCAGGGAGUAUCUUAUGAAAUACUACUUAAGUAAAUAUAUGAUAAAAGGGCAAUAAAUAAUUUAAAGAACAGAGAAUAAAGUUGAAAUCUGCUUCCUAUAGCUGGGAAGUAUAAACGGAAUUUUGGUAAGUAUGGAACAUUUAUAAUCAGAGGCAUUAAGGUGGAAUAUGAGCAGCUGGGAUAUACUUUGAGACUCUUUAUCAGGACAUACAUUGAGCCUCCCCAUGACUCAUCCCUUCACAUCCCCACAACCAGAAACCAUCAACCUAGACAAUCAAUUCCUACUUCCAUCUAGUGAGGGACUUUGUACUGGUUUUUCACGAGCUGCAAGUGUACAUGUGUGUAUCUGUAUUACCCACCUUUACAGGUUUCACAGAGGUCUUUAAAAUGUAAUUUUCCAUGUAACCAUCUACAUUCCGACAUAGGGGAAUACUAUUUAUUAAACCAUGAGCUAUAUAAAAAUGAAAGAAGGGGACCAAGAGAGGGGAAAUGGUUGAACAAAAACAGGGUUAACAGGCAUACCUAUCACUAUGUCUGUUCCUGAAAACUGUCUAAAAUAACAAAUAAUUAUUUCUCUACUACAUAAAUAAAUUAUUAAUAAAUUAAUGCUAAAGAGAACUUGCCUCUAAUUGUACAAAAUACGGUAAUUAGGUCUUACUGGUAGAGUUAACUUAGUUAUG